GGUGAAGAAAACAGAGUCGUCGUUGAUUCUCGUCAUGUUUCUCAACAGAUCCUCACUAUCCGAUCUACUAAUUCCACUGAGUUACUUAGAAAUGGAGAAGAGGUUUAAGGUUUAUGUAUAUGAAGAAGGAGAGGCACCGUUAGUUCACGAUGGACCGUGUAAGAGUGUUUACGCGGUUGAAGGGAGAUUUAUAACGGAGAUUGAGAAAAGGAGGACGAAGUUUCGUACUUAUGAUCCUAACCAAGCUUAUGUUUACUUCUUGCCGUUUAGUGUUACUUGGCUGGUUCGAUACUUAUACGAAGGAAAUUCUGAUGCUAAGCCUUUGAGAACAUUUGUUUCUGAUUACAUCAGAUUAGUAUCUACUAAUCAUCCUUUUUGGAAUCGAACUAAUGGAGCUGAUCACUUCAUGCUUGCUUGUCAUGAUUGGGGACCUUUGACUUCACAAGCUAACAAAGAUUUGUUCAAUACAUCGAUUCGGGUUAUGUGUAAUGCUAAUUCAUCAGAAGGGUUUAAUCCUACAAAAGAUGUGACUCUUCCUGAGAUUAAACUCUAUGGCGGUGAAGUUGAUCCCAAACUCAGGUUAUCUAAAACGUUAUCAGCUUCUCCGCGGCCUUACCUCGGGUUCUUUGCAGGCGGUGUUCACGGUCCUGUCAGACCGAUUCUUUUAGAACACUGGAAGCAACGUGAUCCGGAAAUGCCUGUAUAUGAAUACCUUCCUAAACAUUUAAACUACUAUGAUUUCAUGAGAAGUUCAAAGUUCUGUUUCUGUCCCAGUGGCUAUGAGGUAGCUAGCCCUAGAGUCACCGAAGCCAUCUACUCCGAGUGUAUCCCCGUCAUUCUCUCGGUUAACUUCGUGUUGCCGUUCACUGAUGUUCUUCGUUGGGAGACUUUCUCUGUACUGGUUGAUGUUUCAGAGAUUCCGAGGUUAAAGGAGAUUCUGAUGUCGAUCUCUGAUGAGAAAUACGAAUGGCUUAAACGUAACUUGCGGUAUGUGAGGAGACAUUUCGAGCUUAACGAUCCUCCUAAGAGGUUUGAUGCGUUUCACUUGACUCUUCACUCUAUUUGGCUACGUAGACUUAACUUGAAGCUUACGUAAGGAGGACUACUCAUAGGUAAAGUUCUGUUAGAAUUUGUAACUCAUAUCUCAGAAAUGUAGUAAACCUUAAAGUCUAGAUUGAAUCGAUAUGUGUGAUGUUAUUAGUUAAAGAAUAAUGAAUUGCAACAUUCUAA